AAUUGCUUGAUAUGUCUAUCCGCUUGAUAUGUCUAUCCGCUGUAGUUCUGUGAGCUUCUGAGCGGACCUCUUUUAAUCAUCCGCCGAAUCUCGUGCCGCCUCGGACGUCUUGUUAGAUUUGAAGGGCACGGGGAAGGCACAGGACACACACUCGUGCUAGUGUUCCUGCAGCUGUGUCUUUAAAACGCAGGAGGAGACAUUUGUGUUUCUGAGAUGUAGCAUGCCUUGCAGAUCUGUCGCCAGCAUUGCUUCUGCCCCCCCCCGCUGAGGAAGGAAGGAAGGGCUGCUGGGAUGCCGAUGGUUUCAUCUGGCAGCAGGCAACUGGAAAGGGAAGUUCAGUGUGAUUUUUAGGUUAACGGUUCACUUCUUCCUCUUGUGGUUUCUUCAACAUCCUUCACCGAGGCUAUACCGAGACUAACCGACCGCUACACCUGCAGAAACGGUUUAAUCCAGAUCCACCUGCUGUUCCUCAACCCAGAAGAAGCAAACAGAAAUCUUAAGAAAUGGACCAAGAUAAUCCAAGCCAAAAAUCCCAGAAGCAAGAAGAUGACCCAAAUGAAGCAGCAUUAGCUUUGACAAAAACUUCGGCUCCAGCCACAGCAUCCCCGGCCGGCCAGCACGGCAGGCCUCGGCGGCCCCAGAGAAGCGCCAGAGUCGAGGGCUCUGUGGACAUCUCAGAGCCCAGAGCUGAGCCCCAAGCUGAGCCCAGAGCUGAGCCCCAAGCUGAGCCCAGAGCUGAGCCCCAAACUGAGCCCCAAGCUGAGCCCCAAGCUGAGCCCCAAGCUGAACCCACUCCAGUGGCUGACCAGGACGAGUCCACUCCUGAUGGCCCUCUGGCAAGUCGCCCUAAACCCUCUCGCCCUGGAGCGGUGAAACCCUCAGGAGAGCGCAUCGGGCCUAAAGUGGGUCCUAAAGGGCCCGGCCACCACCCAGUGAGGGCCGCCUCCGUCCCCCACCCAGUGGCCUCUCACCAGAACCUCCAUGCUCAGAGGGCCCUCUCUGUGGCCGGUACCGCUGACACUCCACAGGCCCAGACUGUGGAAGACUUCAGGCUGCACAUCAUCACUUGGAACGUGGGUUCGGCCACGCCCCCUGAUGACAUCUCUUCCCUGCUGGGGCUGAACGUGGGAGAUGGAAACACCGACAUGUACAUUAUCGGGCUGCAGGAAGUGAACUCCAUGAUCAACAAAAGGCUGAAAGAUGUCCUCUUCACAGACCAGUGGAGCGAGGUCUGCAUGGAGAGACUCAGCCCCUUUGGUUAUGUGCUGGUCACCUCUCAGCGGAUGCAGGGAUGUUUGCUAUUGGUCUUUGCCAAGUACUUCCAUCUACCCUUCCUGCGCGGAGUACAGACUGAGACCACCCGCACCGGCCUGGGGGGAUACUGGGGGAAUAAAGGUGGUGUGAGCGCCCGCAUGUCAGUGUUCGGCCACACCAUCUGCUUCCUCAACUGCCACCUGCCUGCUCACAUGGAGAACUCAGAGCAGCGCAUGGAGGACUUUGAGAGCAUCCUGCAGCAGCAGCAGUUCGAGGGCCAGGCUGCCACCGGGGUCCUCGACCAUGAUGUGGUGUUCUGGUUCGGAGAUCUCAAUUUCCGCAUUGAUGAGUUGGAUAUGCAGGUUGUGAAAUCAGCCAUCGAUAACAACAAGUAUCAAAUGUUGUUGGAAAAGGAUCAGCUCAAUAUGGCCAAAGACAGUGAGACGGUGUUGGAGGGUUUCCAAGAGGGGGCGCUGAAAUUUCCUCCCACCUACAAGUUUGACGUUGGAACCGAUACAUACGACACAAGCGGGAAGAAGCGUAAACCAGCUUGGACCGACCGGAUUCUGUGGCGCCUGAGAGCGACGGCCGGGUCUGCUCUGAACGCAGGGAAGCGUGGGUCCAUGUUGGGUCUGACCAGCGGGACCAAAGUGACCCAGCACUACUACCGAAGCUACAUGGAGUACACAGUCAGUGACCACAAACCUGUGUCCUCCAUCUUCACCCUGCAGCUGCUGUUUAGUUUCGGCUGGGGAGGGCAGGAGGGAGCUAAGAAGAGAAGGAAGAAGGACAGAAAGGAUGAUAAAGGAAGAAGCCGAGGGGAGACAUUCGCCCUGGAGGCAUUUUAUUCAGCCAGCCAGCAUGGAUUUACAUAA